AUGCCGCUCCGUGAAGUCGAAUUUCCGUCCGAUCCUAAAGAUCUGGAACACGCACAAGAACGAUUCUUGAUUUUCUACUCUUCGCGCGUGAACGGGCAGCUAUGGUGUCCUGAUUGUGUGGCAGUAGAUCGGACCAUCCAAGAUACCUUCGGUCCUGAAGACGGGCCAUCUGCGGCGAUUGUCUAUGUUGGCCAAAAGCCCGAAUGGAAAACGCCCUCCAAUAUUUUCAGAGGCGAGCCGUGGCAGAUCACAUCAGUCCCCACGGUUAUUAAGGUUGAAGACUCCAAAGUAGCCGGUCGACUCGACUCCGAGAUCAAUGCACUUCUUGCGACUUUCAUCCAAGGAUAG